GGUGGAAAGGGUAGAUCAGGGUUGAUCCGGGUCGAUCGGUGUGAUGGUCUCGGGGUGGUGUCCGUGCGUGCCGCUCGGCCGCCGAGAAUCAUCGGCUCAACAACAAUCGGCCUCCUCGUCGAGGAGUUUCGGAAACGACGGUGCACCGUUCACCGUCAGUGCCGCGACCGAUCGCGCAGAGAUGGUCCAGAUGUUUUAUUACGAAAAUCGCGGCAAAUGCUGCAAGAAGCUCCUCAGAUACAACGGCUAUCCGAACAAGGUGCUUCUGUUCCCGGAAGAGGGUUGGGCGAGAAGCGCGAGCAGUUCCUACUGGACUUUGACACCGUUCUGGUGGAGUCGAAGUCGAUGCAAAGUGGUCGAAGUUGCUGGCACGAGGAGGUACAGCACUCAAGCGAAAAUGGUGGACACGGGAACGGGCACGCUUUACAUAGUCGGCUCUUUCAAAAGGAUGACGACCGAUCCCGAUUUCAAGUUGUACCUGACGUCGAACGUGUCGUCGAGCGACUUCAACAUGGGCUACAGCAUGACGGGUACGUUGGAGCGUGGCUGUAAGAAGACCAACUCCUUCCAGAUGACUCACUUCGCGGUGAUUCGUCGGCGGGACUACGAAAAGGCCUACGAGGAUUCGAAUCCCACCUAGUGCCCGUCCACACCCACGCUCUCCGAGUGUGGGGAUUGCGAACACUACACGUAAAACAAAAGGGGUGUCGAUCGAUUCGCGUGGCCGCUAAAUCUCUGAUCGCUCUUUUUCUCCUCCGACGGAGGCAAUUCGACGCACCGAAGAGGGAAAGAGAGCAGAGAGAAGAGGGAUAAGAGAGAUCGUCCAAGUCCGUGCACGAGUUUCGGUUUUCCGAAAUCGACGAAACAAUGUCGAUAAGAACGCGGCGAACAGGAGCCGCGCGGAACGCGUAAACUCGCGUAACGCCGAGAAAUUAGGCGCGCGAACGAAAAAGCAAAAGCGAAACGUCCAAAAGUAGCGUUUAACUUAUUUAUCGAAUUAAGUAGUUUUUAACUAGAGACGAACGAUGCCAAAGUCGAGAACGUAAAAGGACGGUGAUCGAGAGAACCGUCGUUCCAAAGUAUUAGCACGUAAGUGGUCGUUAAUCUCGCAGGCGAUAAACGCGCAUCUUGCUAUCCGCCUUUGUUUCGCGGUUCGCGCUGCUUCUCGCUGGCGCAAUUCCGGAAACGGUUCCAUCGAUGUUCGCGACGUAACUCUAAUCGCGGAUCGAUCGCGAACGGGAGCGCGAACCGUUUCUUUUCGGAGUGCGCGCGCGCGCGCUUUUAGGGCAUCCUUUCGCCUCGCCCUGGAAUCGUCGUCUUGGUAUCGUCCUGGUAUCGUCCUGGGAUCGUCGUGUAUCGGCGCAAGGUCGACGCGAUACUUAUUUUUGUUAACGAGUAGCGAUACGCGGCCGUUACACGACGCGUCUCUAUCCAAGCGAAAUUCGUUUCGAUGUCGCUCGUCGAGUAGAACGAGCGACCGAUCGAAAUUACUAUGUUCGCGUUGCGAAGUACUCUUCUUCGCGGUCGCGAUCGAAACAAAAGAAUUUUUGUACCUUCGGCUUUGCUCAACACACUCUAUUUAAUGCCAAAUACGAACGUAGAUGUAAGAUACGUUCCGAAGAUGGCCGAUCACCGUUCGGCGAUCUAAGGAAGCCGCGUGCCAAAAGAAGCUUCGGUCUACCGUAGCUAUCGAUUAUCGAUUUCUCGCGCAGCAUAGCGCUCCUUCGAGCGAUCCGCGCAUUUCUUUCCUAUCUAUUUCGUGCCCGCCGUCCGGCUUUUCCUUGUCGUUGCGUUUGUUCGUUGAUCGAUCAAAACGAGUUUCCGCCAUUUAGUCUCCAGUGCUGUUACGCGUUACAGGGUUAAGCGGUCUCUCGCGAUUCGCCGCUAAACGUCUUUCCUCUUGAUCGCUUCAUCCUUCUUCCGUCCCAGAUUGCCGGUUCUUCCUUUCGCUGUUCGCGAGCUAGUUUUCCUAACAGGUUUUCCGCCGAAUCACCGACUAGAGAGCCGUUACGAAAACAGCCUGCGAACUAAACGCCUUUCGACGAACGAGCCUUCCGCUAGUUCGCUCGACGCCGCAGACGAUUCAGCGUCGAAACGUAGCGCGCGUUUCGCGUAACCGAUUCUAGUCGUUAGCCGUAGUCCAGAUCGUUCGUAAACGUUUGUUAUUCGCUCGCAUAGUGGUCCGAGACUUGGAAGCGACUCGAGAAAUUUUCCUAUCGUUCGUCGAACUCGUUCGCGACCGAGUCGCAUCCCCGCGAGGAAAAAGCCUCGGGUCGACUCUCGACCGUUAGAAAUACACGGUAAAUACUCGCUCGCAGAAACCGUAGACGCGUUCUCGUCCUCGCCACGACUUCGAUAUGUGUUCGCUUCGUUUCGAGUAGCCGAUUUAGAUUCGAAUAUGGAUUCGUAGAUUCAGCAGUUCGAGUGAACACGUACGUCCGAUAUCACGGUCCCUCCUAACUACUUAGCCGUAGCUGUGACCCACGAACGCACGCUUUUUUCGCGAUCGAAAGAGAAGCGACGUCUCAUCUUCGUCAAACUGCGCGACGGGUCUCUGUAGUUUGUCUUUAGGACGUUGCUCGUUUUCCAUUCGAAAUCGUUCGACGAUUACGAUGGAAAGCGAAACACGAUCAAUUAACGUAUCUACGUAUGCUCCUACAGUAGGAAAGUUUAGCGACGUAGACGUGUCGUAGCGAUCGUAGAAAGUUCGAUGUGAUCGUUAUCGUAAUCGUAAUCGUGUUAUCAUGGUCGUUGUCGUCGUCGUCCUCCUCCUCCUCCUUCUUUCUCGUUCGUUUAGCUUCCGUUUCCGAACGACGCGACGCGACUCGGUUAAUCGCGUGUUUGCUGCUCCAGCGAACGGGAAAUUUUAUUUUUUCUAAGCGGCAAAGUAACGCGAACAAAUCGUAUCGACCAGUGGCCGUCGCGUCGUCGGAAACGACGAGGAUAUACGUUUCGUACGCAUAUGAAAUUCCGCUUAUCGUUCGAACACCGUAGUAGAGCUUCGCCUAACACUCGAAUUACCAGUAUCCAGUUUAUCGUUGUCCCCCGCGUACAUUCGAGUAAUUAGCUACGAUAGAAGAACGCCUCGUAGAUUAUAGUCGGUAAGCUUCUCGCCUAGUUCGAUUUCGUUCCAAUUUAUUCGUGCGCUCUAUCUAGUCCAGGAAAUCUUUCUCGUCCCGUAUCUAGAACGACGAUCGUCAUUCGAAUCUCGUUGUUGUCGAUGUGUAGCUACUUUAGAGAGUUAUAACGAUGUCGGUAGGAAAUCUAAAACUUGUAUCUUUACGAUUAUCAUCAAACGGAUCGUUAGCUGUAAUUGUAUCGGUCUUAAAAGAAAUACGAACUAAAGAUUCGUAUUCAAAGCUAUGGCUGUGAUCUUGAUUAAUCGUGAAACGGUUCGUAAAAAGAAAAAAAGAAGAAAAAAAUAAUAAACUAUACACGUGUAUACAUACAUAUACGUAUAUAUUGUAUAUGUUACGUAUAGAAUAUACGAAAAGUAGGUUACGACGACGCACGUAGCGACAAGCGGCGCGAUAUUUUGUCGAACCGUUGCUUUCCGUUGGGCACGGAUUCGAGUUUGCUUCCGCGUACGAGACAGCUACGCGCGCGCGAAUACGAGGCUGAUGCAGCUUCGAAUUCGCUCGGAGGAACGCGUCGCGUUCUCUAAUUCGGUGUUAAAAGCGAAACGCGUCCUUUGCUUCCGAUUACGCGAUCCUCCUUCGUUUAAUCAAACAGACGGAAUCAAAGAACGUCGUCGACGCGUUACGAGCGCUUCGGACGUUUCGGAAACUCGGCGAAAUCGAGGAGAAAAGAGAAUAAGCUCGCGCGACUUUUUCGGUGAUCGCGCAAAAUCAAAUGCCUGUAUAGAUUUGCGGUAUGUUCUCGAACGUCGCGUCAGGGGUAAGUAAAGAUUUGGCGAUACGAGGCCUGCGAGAAGUCGUUGCUCAGAAAGUUCGAGGAGACUUUUUGUAUUUUCUAUAAAGAACGCGAUUCUCCGCCAGCGAAUGUCUUUUUUCCACGUUUCCGUUUCCCCGGAGAAACGUCGAACGGCCUGGCCCAACGCCGUUCCGCCAGCGAGCGGGCCGAGAGAAAAACGACCAAAUCGCCGCGCGUCGUUUUCGAUUCUCCGGGAAACGGAAGCGAGCGGAACGAAUCGAGUAUCGAUACCGCGACGCGCGGCUGCCGCGUCCACGUAUUUUCACUACGGUCCUGUCUACAGUCAAUUCAUUUUGUAUUUAUACUUAAUCUAUAUGUAUCUAUCGUCAUAAUUUAUGCCGAAAUAAAUGUUACAUUUACGCACAGCGAAACGAUUCUCGUCCGAUCUUUCAUUCUCGCCCGAUCCUCGCGAUCCACCAACGAUAUCGAUUCCGAGUCAUCUUUAAACCAGCGAAACUAGUUGUUUCUACCUUUACUUCGUCCCGAAAUAACGUAAUUUCGAUAGCGGUUUCGAGUGCCCCAUCCGAACGACUAAAUUUCUCUAUCUAAAUUAUCGCGUAGCUAAUAAAAGGUCGGUAGCGGUCCAGCUUUUAUCCAGCGGAUAAAAGAACAAAAGGAAUUUCGCGAAGAAACUUUCUCGGCGAGAUUAAACGAUCAGCCGCGGUAACAAGAGACGAAGGAAACGCGACGACGGUUUAACCGGUUUCGGCUUAUCUCCGAGUUUCGCUGUAUUUAAGGAAAACACGAGUAGAACCACGAGAUCGUUAGGGAAGUUAGCCGGGAGAGCAAACGCAACCCUCGGCUCGGCUCGCAACAACGGUAAAUACAGUUUGCCGACAGUUUGCUCUCUCUCGGUUUCUACCACCGCAUCGUUCCAAUUUCCUCCUACGCCACCGUUCUCGUCACCUUUAAUCUCUCUCUCUCUCUUCUUCUCUCCCGCUGAAUCGCUCCGUCGCGGUCGCGUCGAUUCUUCCGACCUCGAGCCGACACACGACCGUUCACGGUUACGCGUUAUUCCAACUCGACGUUCGAAAAGAAAGAGAUGCGGACGAACACGGCUCCGCGGAGAGUGAUAACGCUCAACUUACGACUAAUCGCCUCCGAGCAAACGUAUACUUAACAAUGAAACUUACGAACGGUAACGUUGUCGAACGUAAUCGCGUAAAUGGAAAUACUUUGGUAGAAAAAGAAAAAAAUAAGAAAUUCGUAGGAUGGCGAGCACGCUACGAUAAUGUUCGAAAAAACGCUUCCGCCGUAACGACAGUCUUAAGGAGAGAAGAACCAGCGAAAGUGAUUAAGAUCGGAUUAAGCUCGUAUAGGUGCAGUAGGAUAAAAUGGUGAGAUAAUCGCGAUCCAGGUGUUAUGUCAUUAGAUAUUUGAUUUUUGAUACGAGUAUUAAAACGUAUGAAAAAUCGUACGAAACCGAUAACGAAAUGUUUAUACAUAUUUGCUUAACUUCGGUAGCUGCCAGCGCGUUAUCUCAAACACAGAUUCGGUAAUGAGUUUCAGCGGAGAUUUCGCGGCAAAAGUGUUUGUAUUUUUUUACGCGAUCAAGAACCUACCUUCUUCGGAUCGUCGCGACCGCCGGUAAUGG